AGAGAGACUAUGAGAAGAAAACAAGCCUUGCUGACUCUCUUCCAGAGACUAGACGAACGAAGGAGAGGGAGACACGGUAGGAGACAGCCAUGGCGUCUGCGAUACUCAGGCGAUCGAACUGCAGUUCGAUGCAGUGGAUGACAACUGGGGUCCGAGCUGUUGUUUCGAGGGCAUUCGCGUCGGUUUCAGUCGGAGCUGACGUAGUCGAUUCAGCUCCUGGUGUCUCUCUUCAAAAGGCUCGGACCUGGGACGAAGGGGUCUCCUCUAAUUUCUCCACCACACCUCUUAAAGAUAUCUUCAAGGGCAAGAAAGUCGUCAUCUUUGGGCUCCCUGGCGCAUUCACUGGGGUUUGUACUAAGGCUCAUGUGCCUAGUUACAAAAACAACAUCGAUAAGUUCAAGGCCAAAGGGAUUGAUUCUGUAAUUUGUGUUUCCGUCAAUGACCCAUAUGUUAUGAAGGGAUGGGCAGAGAAGCUUGAAGCAAAUGAUAUUGAAUUUUAUGGAGACUUCAAUGGGAGCUUCCACAAGAGCCUUGAGUUGGACAAAGAUCUGUCUGCUGCUUUGCUCGGACCUCGUUCUCAGAGAUGGUCGGCCUACGUGGAAGAUGGAAAGGUUAAGGUUCUCAAUGUGGAGACAGUCCCUUCUGAGUUUAAGGUUUCUGGUGGAGAUGUGAUUUUGGGCCAGAUCUGAGCCAAUUUUAUUUCAGGAUCCUUGUGUUGGCUUGUUUCUCAGGUCAGUGGUAUAGGUUUCUCAUUAAUAAGAGUAGAACAUGAUGUUUACAAUGAAUUUUGUUUUUUGUUUUAAUGAUCAAAUACAGUGAGUAUUAUUGUGACUUU